AUGGCAAACGUUAACCUGCGCACCAAAACGCUGCGGGACGGCACCACGGCGGAAGAUCUGUUCAGCGGUGACGGCCUCACUUACAACGACAUCAUCAUCCUUCCAGGCUUUAUCGACUUCGGCGCGUCGGACGUGAGCGUGUCGGGGCAUUUCACGAAGAAGAUCCGUCUGCACAUCCCCAUCGUCUCCUCUCCGAUGGACACCGUGACGGAGAACGAUAUGGCCCGCACAAUGGCGCUAAUGGGCGGCAUCGGCGUUAUCCACAACAACUGCACGGUGCAGUGGCAGGCGCAGAUGGUGCGUAGCGUCAAGAUAUUCCGCAACGGCUUCAUCAUGAAGCCGAAGUCCGUGGGUCCUGACACGCCCAUCUCCGCCAUCCACGAGAUCAACGCUGAGAAGGGGAUCAGCGGCAUCCUAGUGACAGAAAAUGGUCAAUACAACGGCAAGUUGCUAGGCAUUAUCUGCUCCAAGGACAUCGACUUCGUGAAGGACGUUUCUACGCCGGUCUCGCAGUGCAUGACGAAGCGCGAGAACAUGACGGUGGAGCGCUUCCCCAUCAAGUUGGAAGAGGCCAUGGGCGUGUUGAACCGGAGCCGCCACGGCUACCUUCCCGUGUUGAAUGAUGCGGAUGAGGUUAUGUGCCUCUGCUCGCGCCGUGAUGCGGUGCGGGCACGCGUGUACCCGAACAGCAGCCUCGACCGCAAGGGCCACCUGCUGUGCGCCGCGGCGACGUCGACACGCGAAGAGGACAAGGCUCGCGUGACGGCCCUCGCCGCAGCCGGCGUCGACGUCCUCGUGCUGGACAGCUCACAGGGUAACACCAUCUAUCAAGUUUCCUUCAUCAAGUGGGUGAAGAAGACGUUCCCGCACGUGGAGGUGGUUGCCGGCAAUGUCGUGACGCAGGACCAGGCGAAGAACCUCAUCGACGCCGGCGCCGACGCGCUGCGCAUCGGUAUGGGGAGCGGCAGCAUCUGCAUCACGCAGGAGGUGCUCGCCUGCGGCCGCCCGCAGGCUACGGCGGUCUACAAGGUCGCCCGCUACGCUGCCUCGCGUGGGGUGCCCUGCGUCGCCGACGGCGGCAUGCGCAGCGUCGGGGACAUCUGCAAGGGCCUGGCCAUUGGCGCGAACACCGUGAUGCUCGGCUCCAUGCUCGCCGGUACGUCGGAGACGCCCGGCAGCUACUUCUUCAAGGACGGCCUGCGUCUAAAGGCGUACCGUGGCAUGGGCAGCCUCGAGGCCAUGACGCAGGGCAAGGAAUCGGGCAAGCGGUACCUCUCCGAGAAUGAGGCGGUGCAGGUGGCACAGGGCGUUUCCGGCACGGUGCUGGACAAGGGCUCCAUCACGCGGCUGCUUGCGUACAUCCACAAGGGGCUGCAGCAGUCGGCGCAGGACAUCGGCGAGAUCAGCUUCGACGCGGUGCGGGAGAAGAUGUACGAGGGCCAGGUGCUCUUCAACCGCCGCACAGCCACCGCCCAGUCGGAAGGCAGCGUCCACUCGCUGCACUCCUACGAGAAGAACCUCUUCACGUCAAAGUUGUAG